CUACCAAAACUUCACCAUUCUUACCAACCACAGGAAAACUACAACAUGCUGACACAUCUCUCCGUAUUCUGCUUCUUUAUUGCAGCCAUCUCAACAGGUGACUGUCGCAGCCUUAGAAGUAUGCUUGGUGAGUGUUACUAUGAUGGUAAAUUAUACCAAGCUGGACAGACCUUUUCUUCCUUCGUGGGAUUGUGUACAUGCACUCCGUAUAAUAUGAUUCAAUGCAGAAUGGAAAUUUGUGAACACAAAGGAGAAUCUUACAGAGUUGGGCAAACCUUCAGGGAUGAUUGCAAUGAAUGUUCCUGUGAAACUAAAAAUGUUGUUAAAUGCACAAAGAAGUUAUGUCUAACCACAGAUAUAGGUUGUGCUUAUAAUAACAAGAUAUAUAAGAUUGGAGAAAGCUACAUGAAAGAGUGUAACAAUUGUACAUGUAAAGAUACAAACACAGCAGUUUGUACCGAUAUGCCCUGCGUUCUUGACUAAAAUAUUUGAGAAAUGUUAAACUCUGGAGAGACCAGGAAACUUCUAGAAAAAACCAAAGAGAAAUAUUGAUAUGAUUUGGAAACGGAUAAUUCUGAGAAAUAAAAUUCGAAAAUAUUAAUAUU